UCGUAGUAAGCUUAACGGAUAUUUAGAGAAGCCAUCGGAACAAUAGGGCAGAGAAGCGUUAAAUUUUUUCUCCGUAAAAUGGUGUCACGAAAACAACGAACGCACAACCAACAAUGAAACGUGCGACAUUGUUCCAUUGCGUACGGUAAAAAUUUCAUGGAAACAGUGCGUCGUAAUAGUUCGAGGAACAUAUAAACUGUUCGAAGAAGCUUCGCGUUAAUUCGCCUGGGCAUCACUGCUUAGACAUUGUCUCACAUCGUGGCAUGUUUUCGUGGUGCACAAAAGAGCCGAAGUAAGCAAUGACAGGAUACUUCGAUUUACCGUUUAAUAUGGACAGAAUAUGCAGAAUUUGUCUUACAGAGGGUACUAAUUUAUCCCCUAUUUUUUGUGGAGAUCAAGAAGUAAGUGACUUUUCAGGUCUUCCACAAAAAAUACAAAUUUGCGGGUCGAUAGAAAUUCACGAACAAGACGGAUUACCUUCGUUAAUUUGCGAUAUUUGCAUUUAUAAAGCAAGCGUCGCACACGAAUUUAGACAACAGUGUCAACAUUCUGAUGCCAAGUUACGAAUGUACUAUAAUAAACCAUCAAAGACUACGAACAUGGACGAGCACAUGCAAACAGACUCGAAGAUAAGGACAGCAACACCAAAAAAACAAAUCACAGAGGGAGAUUAUUUUGUGAAAGAGGAAGUGCAAAUAGCAUCGAAUUCUCAAGAAUACGUGCAGAGGAAUACGUACGAAUCGAGAGAUGAAUCUAGCUUAAACACCGAAGAGAUUACUAUACAAGAUGAGAAACUUUUCAUAUGUUCUAUCGGAUUCGAAGGAUCUAAGGAAACUGAAAAAGAACCUUGCAUUCCGGAGAAUAAUAUACACGAGACUUCUCUGACGCAAGGAAAUAGCAAUGAUAUUACAGAAACUAUAGGUACGCAAAGUAAAUUAGAAGAAAAUCAAGAUAUCAAUCAGAAUACAGACGAAACUGACAAAAAACAAGAAAAUGAGUUUCUCAACGAAAGUAUAUUAAGCGAUAACAUUACAGAAGAAGGGAGAAUUCCACAAAAACGUACAUCGACUCGGAAAAUGAAAUCAGUAUCUAAUAAAACUUAUAACAAAGAUGAAAUCGAUGACAACUAUUAUGACCCGGGUAGCGACAGUCAGGAUUCCGGAGAAUCAAAAUUUAAAUGCAAAGUAUGCUCGAAACAUUACAGUACACAAAAGGGCUUAAAAAAGCAUUCCCUUGUUCACGAGAAAAAAUAUAAAUGCGACAUCUGUUUGAAAAUGUUUUACAAGCAGGAGAAUAUGGAGACCCAUAAAAAGAUACACGCGGCGAAACCACUUGCAUGUAAAUUAUGUCAUGCGUCUUUCUCUAAACCUCAAGGCUUUGCACGCCAUUUGAAGUCCCACACGGAAAAACUAAACAACAUGAUUAAACAAAUCAAUACGGACGAGCAGAAAGAUAACAAAGAACCAAAAAAAGAAAUGAAAGUCGAGGACGAUACAGAUGAUGAGAGUGGUACCGUAAACGAGAUCGAUGAGUUUGAAAAUGCACCUGAGUUGUACAAAUGUGAUGUUUGUAGUCAGUAUUGUUCUUCAUUAAAGAAUCUAAAAAGACAUGCUCUCGUGCAUGGAGACAAAAAGUAUUCCUGUACCGUAUGUAAGAAAUGGUUCUUCAGACCGGAUACACUUAAGAAACACGCAGAGAAACAUGGCCAUGGAUUAUUAGACAAUUUAGUAGACAAUAAUAAAUUCUUCGAUUCCGACGAUGACCCUUUCCCAGAUACUACAAGGAAUGCUUUGCAAGAGAACGAAAGCGUUAAGAAGGAAGAGAGCGACGAGGAUGGUUCUGGUGAAUACAAAUGUCAACACUGUGAUAAAAUCAUGGCAACGAAGAAAGGUCUCAGACGUCAUGUGUCGAUGCAUAAGCCAAAACCCGAACCAGUUACGUGUGAAAUUUGUAGGAAAGUCUGUGCUAGUCAAGCCCGUCUUGUUCUUCAUCAAAGGACACAUAAGCCGAAGGAAAAGGUUCCCAGAGAAUACUUGUGUCACAUCUGUAGCAAAGUAUAUCCCAGUAAUUCUUCUCUCACGUAUCAUAUGAGAACUCAUACUGGUGUAAAACCACAUGUAUGUAAAACAUGUAACAGUGGAUUUACUACAACGACCAGUUUGGCGAAUCACAUUAGAAUCCACACGGGUGACAAACCGUUUGUUUGCCAUGUUUGUAGCGCAGCGUUCGCUGUGAGUUCAGCUUUCAGGCGACACUUGACCAGACAUACAGGCGAGGCAAAUUAUCUUUGUAAAACAUGUGGUAAAGCAUUCAAAAGACUUAGUACGUUAAAGGAACAUACUUACACGCAUUCUGGUGAAAAACCAUACGUAUGUAAAACAUGUGGCGCCGCCUACAGUCACAGUGGUAGUUUGUUUGCGCAUCAGAAGCGUUGUCGAGCUCAGUAUGGUGAAAUGGUUGUGGAUGAGCAUCACCAUGCAGUUGCUCAUCACAUUCACGUGAAUAAUGUACAAUCUGCAGUGCGGUCACUUGCUGUGAUAGGACAGAUGUUUUAGAAGACUAAAGAUUCGUUGUAUCAGAACUAACGAUUUGAAUUGUGCAUCAUAAUGAAUUAUAUAUAGACUGUUAAAAGACUAUAGAGCGUGCUACGAUUUUCAUAGUAUAUAAUACAGCAUUAUUGUAGAGAUCGUGCACUUGUGUAAAUAUAUAAGCAGCUCCUUUUUUACAGAGAAACAAUUAUUUAAAUACUCGUAUAAUAAUUAAUCAACCUAUCCAGACUAGUGCUUUAUCGCAAAAAAAAAAAAAUUUAUCUAUUCGCGUAGUAAGUAAAUAUCCAGUGUACGAACAUUUUUUAAAAAUCUAGUUAUUAUUGACUCCAAUAAUGAUUGUAUAACUUGAGUAUGUAAUACACGCAACUUAAAUGCAUUCCGUACACAUUUUUGCAUUUUUUUUUCUCUCUCUUUUCAUUGAGAAAUUUCUUAUCCGUGAUAAACUUUAUAUUCUGCAUUACCAAACGCUUUACUUUUCAUGUUAUACAUCAUUACUGCAUUCAUAACCUCAAAGCACUAGUUUAGGCAUGUGAUUAAGAUGUGAAGAUUUAAUACGAAAAAUGUACAAGGUAAAUAAUCAAAAUUAAACCUACGUAUUAGCCUCGCAAAUAUAUUUUAUUUUGAGUUAUACUUAAAAUUCAUAUUUAAUAUACGGGAUAUUCGGUCAUACCUGGGGAAAAUUUUA